AUGACGCUGAAUGUUGAAGAGACGACCUGGGAACCAUCAGACGUAGUGGGAGUACCAAAGGUGCAACCAUGGAAAUACGUAGUGGUGUACGGGCGUGUUGUAACUUUUGGGCUUCUGCAGAUUGCUGCAGUUUACGGAUUAUAUCUUGCCGUGACUUGUGCCUAUUGGAAAACAUUGAUUUUUAAUAACAUUAUUCUACUCAUGGCAGCUAUAGGAAUAUCAGCCGGAAAUCACCGCCUCUGGUCACACAGAGCAUAUAAAGCAAAAUGGCCUCUUCAGAUCAUACUUAUGAUCUUCACAUCUAUGACAUACCAGUUCUCUAUUAUAAAUUGGGUUCGCGACCAUCGAUUACACCACAAAUAUACAGAUACCGAUGCAGAUCCAUAUAAUGCAUCACGUGGGUUAUUCUUCUCCCACAUAGGAUGGCUGUUGGUAAGAAAACAUCCGGAUGUGAAAAAGUAUGGCAAGAAUAUUGAUAUGAUUGACAUAUAUGGUAACCCUGUGCUGCGUUUUCAAAAAAAAUACGCCGUUCCAAUUGUAGGCAGCGCGUGCUUUUUAUUACCGACAUUUAUACCAGUUUACUUUUGGAACGAGAACCCUAGUGUUGCAUGGCACGUUUGUCUCCUAAGAUACGUUAUAUCACUUAAUCAAACUUUUCUCGUCAACAGUUUCUCACAUACAUUUGGAUUUAAACCAUACGACAGAGGAAUAAAAUCAACCAACAACAGUUAUUUUUUUUUUUUACUUUUGGUGAAAGUUUCCACAAUUAUCAUCAUGUAUUUCCUUGUGAUUAUAGAUCAGCUGAAUUAGGAAAUUCCAUAUUGAAUGUUUCCACGUGGUUUAUUGAUUUAUCUGCGAUUAUUGGGUUGGCUUAUGAUUUAAGAACAGC